AUGGCGGACAGGGCGAUGGCGUGGCUGGUAGAGAUGGAGAGCGAACAACUGCAGCCCAAUGUGCAGGUGGCAGAUCAUGGGGACUUCGCUCGGGUGGACGUUCUGGCGUGCCUCGACGGCUGGCUAUUCUGGAUCAGUCCAGACGUCGUCUCGUACAGCACCGUCGUCGGGUCAUGCGCGAGGGCCAUGCAGGUGAACGACGCGGUGUCCUGGCUUCAGGAGAUGGCGAGGCAGGCCCUGCUGCCCAACGCGGUGUCCCUCGGGGCGGUGGUGGGCGCCUGCGCCAGGGCGGGGCAGGCGGACGAGGCGCUGCUGUGGCUGGCCAGGAUGCGCGAGGGCGGCCUCGGCCCCGGGGCGGGCGCCCUCGGGGCCGUGGCCUCGUCGCUGUGCGCCGGGGGGCGGUGGGCGGAGGCCGUGGCGCUGCUGCGGGAGGCGCGGGCCGAGGGGGCGCCCCUGAGCGCGGCGUCGUGGGGCGCGCUGGUCGCCUCGCACGCCAGGAUGACGGACGUCGAGGGCGCGGCCGCGAGCCUGGCGGAGAUGCAGCGCGUGGGCCUGCGGCCGCACGACGGGAGCUUCGGCGCAGUGCUUGGCGCGCACUGCCGGGCGGGCUUCCUGCUGGAGGAUGCGGCCAGGUGGUUCGAGCAGGUUCGGAGCGGCCGCCACAGCUUCGACGCCGUCGCCUACGGCAACCUGGUCAGCGCGUGCGCCAGGGCCUCCAGGGCGGACGACGCCGCGGCGUGGGUGAAGGCCAUGCGCAGAGACAGCGUGCGCUGGAGCACCGUCGCCUGCAGUGGGGUGAUGAGCGCCUUCGGGCGCGCCUCGCGGGCGGACGGGGCCGUGCGCUGGUUCGACAUGCCCGACCUAACGCCAUGUGCGGGGCGGCCCUGGAGCCCGACGGCGUGUCGUACAACAUCGUCCUCGAUGCGUGCGCGAGGACCUCGGCAGCGGAGGAGGCUC